AUGACCGGUUGUGAUGUAAACCAACGAUCAGCAGAUGGCAGUACAGCACUGCAUUACGCAUGUGAAUUUGGACGCAUUGCUCGCACCAAAAUGUUAGUCGAGAAAGGAGCAUCUGUUAAUAUUGUGAAUGACGAAGGUGUAUCUCCACUACACGUAUGUGCUAGAUUUGGUCACGACAUCAUUUCGAAAUUCAUCAUCGAAUCUGGAGCGGAUGUGAAUUUACAAACGAACGAAGGUCACUCAGCAUUGCAUUUGGCUGCAUAUCGUGGUUUUUUGAAUGUUGUGCGGACGUUAUGUGAAAACAAUGCCAAUGUGAACUUGAUGGAUUUGAAUGGUAGAACUGCACUUCAUGUU